AUGGGUUUUAUCAACCUAGUGUCAUCCGAUGGAGAAAUUCACACAGUAUAUAUUGAAUUUGCGAAAUGUUCCGCAACAAUAAAAUCAAUGUUAAGUGAUUGUGGAGAUGAAGAAAAAAACAGAGAGGAAGAAAUUGAUGACUACGGUGACGUGCCACUGCCAAAUGUGGAUUCUGCUACUUUAAAAUUAGUAAUUGAAUGGUUGAAAUAUCAUUUUAUGUAUGAACAAGAUCUGAUAGACCCUACAACUGGCGAGCAAUACCUGCCACUAGAAUCAGAAUCAGAUGAGCUCAAGAAUUGGGAGGAAAAUUUCUUAAGAAUUGACAACGAUAGUCUUUUUAAACUGCUUGCGGCUUCCGACUAUCUUGAGGUCCCAUCUUUAAAGACAGAGGUAUCUGAAGCAAUCGCCAGAAAGAUCCGUGGAAUGCCACUUGAAGUAAUUCAGAUGGAUUUCAACCGGCCUCCAUCAUCAUCACAAUCAUCAUUACAGAUCACAUUUAAUAAAUAA